AUGUCUUUCCCACCGCAUAUGCCGAUCAUACCCCCAAUGCCAUUCCUCCCUCCCGGCGCACCUAUGAUGAUGCCACCUAAUAUGGCAAUACCACCACCUGGUAUACCAACGAAUGGUGCUCAUAAAACAGCAGAAGGCGAAAAGAAGAAUCGCCUUCAAGCGGCAACUACUGUGUUUGUUGGAAGUAUAUCAGACCGAGCACCUGAUGCAAUGAUCAAGCGAAUGCUUCACAACUGUGGUAGCGUGGUCAAUUGGAAACGAGUACAAGGUGCCAAUGGUAAACUUCAAGCGUUUGGUUUUUGUGAAUAUGAAAAUCCUGAAGGUACACUCCGUUGUAUUCGUUUGCUUAACGGUUGGCAAAUUCAAGAAAAAAAAUUAGUCAGCUCCCGGAUGUUUUCAGUCGAUGAUCAACAGACAUUGAUCUGUGUUCAUUGA